AUGACCGCGAUGGACUCAGACAUCGAGAAAAAAGCGGCCACUGCCGUGGAACCAUCUGAAAGCCUUCCUUCGGCCCAUGAUGAUUUGGGGGCCGACAAUGUCGGUAAAGUUAACCCGCUGAAGCGGAAUCUGAAGAAUCGCCAUAUGCAGAUGAUCGCUGUUGGUGGCGCUAUUGGAGCUGGUCUUUUCGUUAGUACGGGGUCUGCUCUUCGCACGGGCGGACCUGGUUCUUUGUUAGUAUGCUACUUGAUCGUUGGAGGCAUGCUUCUUCUUACAGUUCAAGCCUUGGGCGAACUGGCUGUGCUAUAUCCCGUCAAUGGAGCCUUCUUCACAUACUGCGUCCGGUUCAUUAGUCCCGCCUGGGGAUUUGCUGUCGGCUGGGACUAUGCUAUCCAAUGGCUCAUCAUUCUUCCCUUCGAGCUCACGGCCGCAAGUUUAACAAUUCGUUACUGGAGUGAAACAUUAAACAGUGGAAUUUGGAUCGCAGUCUUCCUAGUCGUUCUAACUGCGAUUCAAUUCUUUGGCGUUCGAGGAUACGGAGAAGUCGAGUUUGUGUUGGGAGCGAUCAAGAUCGCUGCUGUCAUUGGCUUUAUUAUCCUAGGAAUUGUGAUUGACUGCGGUGGAGCUCCGAAAGGAGGUUACAUUGGAGCUCAUUACUGGUAUGACCCUGGUGCAUUCACAGACUUCAAGGGCUUCUGUUCGGUCUUCGUAACAGCAGCCUUUGCCUUUGCUGGCACAGAAAUGGCCGGCCUUGCCGCUGCAGAGGCGGCAAACCCUGCCAAGUCCAUUCCCAAAGCAUCCAAGCAGGUCUUCUGGCGUAUCAUGAUCUUCUAUGUGCUGGGGACAUUUAUCAUUGGCCUUAUUGUGCCUUCCAACGCCGACUGGCUUCUCGGAGCAUCUGGUGCCAACACCAAGGCUUCUCCAUUCGUCGUAUCAAUCCAGAAUGCCGGUAUCUCCGGAUUGCCCUCUGUCAUGAAUGCAAUCAUCACUAUUUCAGUCAUAAGUGUGGCUAACUCUGCCACUUACGGCUCAAGCCGCACUAUCCAGGCUCUGGCUUCACGAGGAAUGGCACCGAGAUUCAUGGCAUAUAUUGACAAGGGAGGUCGUCCUCUUUACUGCAUUAUUCUGCAGAUUAUCUUUGGUUUGCUUGCUUUCGUCAAUGAGGCACCAUCUGGAGGCGAUAUCUUCAACUGGCUUCUUGCCUUGUCUGGCAUCUCCGACUUCUUCGUCUGGGGAAGCAUCUGCCUUGCCCAUAUCCGCUUCCGUUCCGCCUGGGCACACAAUGGGCGCACCGUAAAGGAGCUGACCUAUGCUGCUCCCUUUGGUGUAAUUGGUAGCUAUAUUGGUCUAGGUCUUAACGUCUUGUGUCUCAUCGCGGAAUUUUAUGUCUCCGUGGCUGAUAAAGAUGCAGAGACCUUUUUCAUGAACUAUCUUGCCGGACCGCUUGUUAUACUACUUUUCGUCUGCUGGCUUGUUUACACCAAAUUUAACAAAGACCCGAACCUCGAUCGUGGAGGUUGGUUCGUCUCAAUUGACAAGAUGGAUAUCGACAGCUUUAUAAGGGACAGUUCUCUCGAUGUGGACCUUCCACCAAGAGUCGAGUAUGCCACUUGGGGUGCUUGGUUCAAAGCUCUUCCUAUGCGUAUCGUUCGCUCGAUCAUUUGA